AUGGGGACUAUGCGAGCAGAGCGUGGUAGCCGCCCUGACUGGGGCGGCGGGCCAAUUUCGUUCUACGGGGAUUUGGAGCUGACAUUUAUCGAUGGAGUGCUGCUCCGAGGAACAGCACUUCUAAUGCUGGCGGUUGGGAGUGCGCGGGUGUGGCGACUCAUCGCACGGCCGCAUCCCGGCGUGAAAUACCGGCAGGACUGGCUGUUGAUGGCCCGGCUGGGCUGUUCCGCGGUGUUUCUGGCGCUCUGCGCGGCGGCUGGGGCGACGGUUCAGGGCGAUGCGAGUAUCUACUGGCUGACCGCAGCGUCGACUGCGGUGGCUAUAGUGCUGCAGUGGAUUUCCUUCAUGCGCGCGCCAGUGUCCGACGGUGUGCUGCUUUUCUAUUGGUUGUUUGAGGCGUUGGUCCACGUUGCGAGGUCGGUGAACUUUACAAUUCGCCACUUUUACGAGGACCAAUGGCCAGCGGGCCACAGGGCGUUUGUGUUUGAGAUACUGCUGGUGGCAUCUGCGCUUCUUGUGCUUGCGCUAGAGGCCGGUCCGCAGAAGCGAAAGAAACCCUACCAGGAGAUACGGGAGCUGCAUAGCUCCCGCCGGCGCAACCCGUUGGAGAAGGCGCAUAUAUUCCAGCGGAUCACCUUCUCCUGGAUGAGCGAAAUGAUGAGCAACGGGUACCGCAGGUAUCUAACUGAAAGAGAUCUUUACCAGCUGCCCGCCGAGCAUGAUGCGCGUACACUCUCUGAGGAUAUGGAGAAGCGGUGGCAGAGGGAGUUGAACAAGCGCGCGCGGCCCUCGCUUGCAUGGGUGCUUUUCAGCAGCUUUUCACACAAGAUACUUCUGGCCGUGCUCUUCAAAAUAUGCCAUGACAUUCUGGCGUUCACGCAGCCCCAGCUACUCCGGCUUCUUAUCAAGUUCGUCACUGAGUAUAGUAAAGCCAGGGGCGAUAUAAGCGCCGAGGAGGACGUGCCGCUGGUGCGUGGUUUCAUGCUUGCAGUGGGAAUGUUCCUUGUUAGCGUUGUGCAGACUACCGUCUUGCAGCAGUAUUUUCUGCAAGCAUUUGAUACUGGUACGGACCUCCGUAGCGGUAUCACCUCGCUCAUCUAUAAAAAAGCCCUCCAUCUGUCGAACGAGGCAUCUGGUACGUCAGCGACUGGCGAUAUUGUCAAUUUGAUGAGUGUGGAUGCCCAGCGUUUGCGCGAUCUAACACAGUGGGGGAACGUUAUCUGGUCAGGACCUUUCCAGUUAUGUCUUUGUUUGUACUCGCUGCACCGGUUGUUGGGUCCUUGUAUUUGGGUUGGCGUGGUGCUAUUGCUAUUCACUCUACCUCUAAACUCGUACAUCAGUCGUGUGCUAAAGAGACUCCAGAAGGAGCAGAUGAAGAAUAAAGACGAGAGGACUAGACUAAUCAGCGAAAUAUUGAAUAACAUCAAGUCCCUAAAGUUGUAUGCAUGGGAAAUUCCUUAUAAAGAGAAGUUGGACUACGUCAGAAAUCAGAAGGAGUUAAAGACGCUCAGGAAGAUGGGGUUGACAACCGCGUUUGCCAACUUUCAAUAUAACAUUAUUCCGUUCCUGGUGUCAUGUUCUACCUUUGCUGUUUUCGUUUUAACGCAGAAAGGUAGACCGUUAACGACUGAUUUGGUUUUCCCCGCGUUGACUCUAUUUAACCUCCUUUCUUUCCCAUUAGCUGUCCUACCAAUUGCGAUUACUUCCUUUAUCGAAGCCUCUGUGGCGAUUGGGCGCUUGACUAAUUUCCUUACCGCGGAAGAGUUACAAAGAGACGCUAUUACUCGUGAGCCAGCCGUUAAAGCACCUGGGGGCGUUGCUGUGGCGCUAGCUGACAAUGCUACAUUCCUAUGGCAGCGUAAACCUGAGUACAAGGUUGCCCUGAAAAACAUUAAUUUCCGUGCGAAAAAGAGUGAGCUAACAUGCAUAAUCGGCAAAGUUGGAAGUGGCAAAAGCGCUUUAAUCCAGGCUAUGCUUGGAGACCUAUUCCGUGUAAACGGUAGCGCAGUUGUCCGCGGUAAUGUUGCCUAUGUGUCGCAAGUUGCUUGGAUAAUGAACGGUACGGUACGGGAUAAUAUCCUGUUUGGUCAUAAAUAUGAUGCGAAGUUUUAUCAACAAACUAUCAAGGCCUGUGCAUUAACUGUCGAUUUAUCUAUACUACCUGAUGGUGACAACACUUUUGUUGGAGAAAAGGGUAUCUCUCUAUCUGGUGGCCAGAAGGCACGGUUGUCCUUAGCAAGAGCCGUUUAUGCGAGAGCAGAUACCUACUUACUUGAUGAUCCACUUGCUGCUGUUGAUGAGCACGUUGCGAAACAUUUGCUCCAGAAUGUCUUUGGUCCUAAUGGUUUGUUGAAGUCAAAGGCUAGAGUAUUAACUACCAAUAAGAUAACGGCCUUGGAAAUUGCGGAUCACAUAGUAUUGCUUGAAAAUGGAGAGAUAGUCCAACAAGGCACUUUUAGUGAAGUGAUAUCCGAUGAGGACUCUGCUAUUUCUAAGCUGGUAUUGCACCAUGGUAAGAAACAGAACGGCGCCCCUACUUCAGGAGAAUCAUCCAGUCCUAGUUCAUCCGCUUUCGAAUAUGAUGUUGUUGAACCUGACUUAGAUCUUGAGAAGCUUGCGGAUGAAGAGCUUCAGGUACAAGAUGUUUUCAGUUUACGGAGACCUAGUGAUGCGACGUUCAAGAGCAUAUCCUUUGCAGAAACAGCCCACGAAGAGCACCGUGAGCAAGGUAAGGUCAAAUGGAGUAUCUAUCUCGAAUAUGCCAAAGCCUGUAACCCUCGUCAUGUUGUGGUUUUCCUCUGUGUCCUUACUCUCUCGAUGUUCUUGUCGGUAAUGGGUGGUGUUUGGCUAAAACAUUGGUCCGAAGUGAAUACCAGAUACGGGUACAACCCCAAUGUGGCGUUAUACUUGGGCGUGUAUUUCAUGUUCGGUUUGGGCGCUUCACUGUCAACUUUGAUACAAAGUGCAAUUCUUUGGAUCUAUUGCAGCAUCCAUGCGUCUGUCUAUCUUCAUGAAUCUAUGCUUGCGGCAGUUCUAAGGGCACCGAUGUCCUUCUUCGAGACUACACCAAUCGGGCGGAUUUUGAACAGGUUUUCCAACGAUAUUUACAAGGUUGAUGAGCUUUUGGCCAGAACUUUCUCUCAAUUCUUUGCUAAUACCACCAGAGUAUCGUUCACCAUCAUCGUGAUUUGCGUCACGACAUGGCAAUUCACCUUUUUUGUUAUUCCGCUGGCGAUGCUUUACAUAUAUUACCAACAAUAUUACCUGAAGACGUCCAGGGAACUGCGUCGCUUGGACUCAGUGACUAAAUCCCCAGUCUAUGCCCAUUUUCAGGAGACUCUAAACGGUGUGUCGUCGAUCAGAGGUUAUGGCCAACUUGAUAGGUUCAUUCAUAUCAAUCAGGCCCGCAUCAACAACAACACUAGCGCCUAUUACCCAUCCAUGAAUGUCAAUCGUUGGCUAGCAUACCGCUUGGAAUUUAUUGGAUCAUGUAUUAUCUUUUUCGCAGCAACCCUGUCUGUAUUCAGACUUGCUAGUGGUUCCCUAACCUCAGGAAUGGUGGGUCUAUCCCUAAGUUAUGCGCUUCAAAUCACCCAAUCUCUUAACUGGAUUGUGCGUAUGACCGUCGAGGUGGAAACCAAUAUCGUCUCAGUAGAAAGAAUUAAGGAGUACGCUGAAUUGGAACCCGAAGCACCACAAUUUAUAGCCAACAGUGUCCCAUCAGGAGAUUGGCCUAAAGACGGCGAAAUUAAGUUUGAAAACUACUCCACGAGAUAUAGACCUGGGCUAGACCUCAUUCUUCGUGGCAUUAACCUCCAUAUUAAGCCACAUGAGCGGGUCGGUAUUGUGGGUAGAACAGGUGCCGGUAAGUCUUCAUUAGCCCUUUCGCUUUUCAGAAUUAUCGAAGCCGCAGAAGGCCAUAUCUCCAUAGAUGGUGUGCCCAUUGACACUAUAGGCCUGACUGAUUUGAGAAAAAAGCUGUCGAUUAUUCCUCAGGAUUCUCAGGUAUUUGAGGGGACGGUGCGGGACAAUAUAGACCCCACUAAGCAGUAUACUGACGAACAAAUCUGGAAAGCCCUAGAGUUAUCGCAUCUGGCAGACCAUGUCAAAGGAAUGGGAAGUGAUGGUUUGGACACGCCGUUGACAGAAGGCGGCAAGAACUUGAGCGUGGGCCAACGCCAGCUAAUGUGUCUGGCUCGUGCUCUACUAAUUCCAUCCAGGAUCUUGGUUCUUGACGAGGCAACUGCUGCAAUCGAUGUGGAAACUGAUAAGGUUAUCCAAGAUACGAUAAGAAGCUCGUUCAACGAUAGGACUAUAUUGACGAUUGCCCACAGAAUUAAUACUAUCAUGGACUCCGAUAAAAUCGUCGUUUUAGAUAAGGGUACGGUUGCUGAGUUUGACACCCCCGAGAACCUACUCAAGAAGAAAGAAGAGUCUAUAUUUUAUACCCUAUGCAAAGAAGCAGGGUUGACCAGUUAA